AUGAAGGAAGAAUUUAAGAUUAUUCUUAAGUUUAAAGCAGGAGAUGAGGUAUCGUCUGUAAGUCCAAUUGCCUUGACAAAUGGACUGAGAAAAGCCAUUGGGGAUCUAGAGAUAGCCGAGGUGUUAAGAGAUGGCAGUUUGCUGGUGAAAUGCAAAAAUGCUGAACAGAGAAAUAAAGCGUUUAAACUACAAACAGUGUGUAAGAAAGAAAUAGCAGAAAGAAGAGUGAUUGGUGAGAAAAACAGAGUUAGGGGAGUGAUAUCAGGAAUCCCCCGAGGAGAAAAUCUGGAUGAACUGAAGGAAAUGCUUAAAGGAGGAACAAUAACAGGAAUUAGACGGCUACAAGCAAUUAGGAAUGGGGAAAGAGAAGAUAGUCCAUUUGUGUUACUGGAGUUCAAAGAUGACGUUCUUACAGGAAAGGUGAUGGUUGGAUAUAUGAGCUUCUGUUUUGAGAAAGGAAAAUUAGAAUCAAUUUUGGAGCGCUGGAGAGGGAAAGUAGUCUGGGGUGGAGACUUCAAUGCACACAGCACAAUAUGGGGGAACCAAGAAGACCCAAAUGGAGACAUUAUAGAAGAAAUAAUGGAUGAAAAGGAAUUGGUGUGCUUAAAUGAUGGUUCAGGCACAAGGGUGAAUGUGAAGUUCUUCAGGCGUGACGGAGAAGACGACAGGGCAGGGGACCGAAGCUACAUCUCCGGGGCCAGCGCUGCAAAUCAGCGUAUUGAUUCUUGGUGGGGCCAGUUGCGUAGACAAGGGGCUGAAUACUCGAUCGAGUUCUUCGGAGAGCUGAAAGACGAGGGACUAUUUGGUGGUGAUUUCCUGGACAAGCCAUUGGUCCAAUUGUGCUUUAAAAAUGUCAUCCAGGAAGAAUUGAAUGAGGUCACGGCUGUUUGGAAUGCGCACCGGAUCCGACCAUCGAAGAACCCAAACUGUCCCAGCGGGAUCCCAAAUGCCAUGUUUAUGGUGCCUCAGCUAUGGGGGACAGAUGACUUCAAGGUCUCACCAAGCAAUGCUGAUCUUCAAACAGCCAAAGAUGCAUGCACGUUCCUUACUGCACAUGUGCUCUGUUUGAACACAUUUCCCCAAGCUGUUUUUUCUGUGUUCAGGUCUGGUGAGGAUCUGACUCCGUUACACAUCGCUGCGUUAUGGGGUUGUUAUCAGAACCUCAAACUCCUGCUGAAGAACGGAGGAGACCCGAGUCUGAAAGACCAGGAUGGGAAUAAGGCAGUUGAUCUGGCAGAACAGGAGGAAAACAGUAAAUGUGCCAGCAUCCUUCAGGAGUACGAGUCUCACACACCCCAAGCUGAAUAUGAGGAUUUGCCCAAAUUCCAAUACUCGCUCUACUCAGGCCACUCGGUGAGAGACUGCAGCGGGAACCUGACACAGAUGAGUGAUUUUGGAGACGAGCUGCUCAGCAGCACCCGAUAUUCCUCGUUUUACCGUAAAGCAGAAAGUAACGGGCUGCCAAGGGCCAGAGACCCUCAGGAGUCCUGGCUCUCCGACAUCUCUGGUUUUACUGCACGUGAUAGUGACGUGUUUAACAGAGAAGAAGUGGGCGGUUCUCUUCCUCCGGUUCUCUCCAGUACUCGCCUGUCAGGGAUGGACUUUAAGAAGAGUACAGAAGUGGUCCAGCCAGCUUGUUUUCUCACAGCAAGCCGGAAAAGCAUCACGUUCAGAGAUUACGAUGAGUAUUUUCCAGAUUUGAACCAAAACAAUGAUGACAUCAGCAACUCCACGGACUCGACGGUCGAUUUCUCGCUGUAUCCCGACUUCUUGCACUCGGAGCACAUGACUACUGUGCUGCAGAAUCAGGGGAUUGACGUGACGUCUCCAGAUGAUGUAUUUGUCUUCUGCAGAGACGGAAACACCACAGACGAUUUUGAUAAGACUGUAGUGGGAGGGACGGCUCUGGGGGAGGACGAUGGAGAUGAUGGAGAAGACGUGUUUGUUGAUAAAGUUGAUUCGCUGAAGUGCGCCGCUCACUCCGCUGCCAGCAGCAGCAGUGGGUCGAGUCAGUACAGCAGCUGUGACAGCGAGCCGUACAAGACUACCAUCGAAGCACCUUUAUCUUCUGAAAACAUUGCACCAUCAGAAAAAGAUGGACAGACAAAAGGAUGUCUGGACUUUGACAAGAAGGAAGAACUUAAUUUACAGUUGCAAGCAUGCGAUGAAAAAACGAGUGAGCUUUCCUUCACUCCGAGUCCGUUCGUCACAGGCAGGACCCAUUCACGGCUCAGUCGCUGCUCCCAGAGAAACAGCACAUCGUCUUUUUCCUCCUCGUCUCUUUUUGAACAGACGCUCCCUACACUGACGCGAGUGCGCCGCGAUGUUACUCAAUCAGACAAACGUAAACAGAGACGUCCCUCUGAAGAAGACAAAGGAGCACAUCUCGAUUCCCAAAUGGCCAAUCUCUGCGUUUCUUCUCAACUUCAUGGAAGCCAAGCGGAUACUCUGAUUAUCUCUGGAAGCAUGGCAGAUACCAUCAUCAUUCCGAGAGGUGCCACUGAGGAUGCUUUAGAAGGUGGAACAUCAUCAUCAUUAUCAUUAUGCCACCAAGAGGAGGAUGUGUUCACUGAAGACGAGGAGUUUUUAACUUCAGAUGUUUCCACAUCAAAUGCAGAAAUACACAGAAACACCAAUUCUCAAGAGUCCAGCUCAGAGUCAGGUUCCAGCUUGAGUCAAAUCCUCGAGGUUCCAUCCACCGGCUGCAUGCCGAGAUACAGCAUGAGCCGAAUCUGCAACCGUUCCCAAACUCAGUCACUCGCAAACCUGUCCUACACCCCCGGAGGAUGUCCUCUCAUCGCUGACGUGGACGAACCGGUGGAGUAUCUUUACACUGAUACUGAGGAGGGGCAUGAGCUGAUCGAGACACACGUCCCUCCAACGUCCAACACGUCUCUAAGCUCCUCUGUCAGCGAGGAGACCGUUAUUUACGACUGGCGCUCGUUACAGGCUGCAGCCAAAAGUCCAGAGAAGGGAAAAGAAAACCGCAGUCCUAACGAAGUGAUGGAGAGCACGAAUAUCUCUGAGACGGAAGGGUUAACAGACCGAGAGCUCAGGCGCAAACUCGUCGAACUGGGAGAGGAAACCGGACCCAUCAACAGAAACACGCGCCGUCUGUACGUUCAGAAAUUACGAACACUGCUGAAGGAACGUGUUGCUGAGAAAUCAGUGCAGGAUGAACAGAACACAAUCGCCGGUUACAGUCCGGAGAUGAAUAAAGUGUUGUGUUCGUUCAACCUGCCUGACUGUAAAGCUGAUGAGUUUGCGCUGUGUGAGCAGUUCGAUCAGCCUGAUCAAAAUAAACGCUGGCGUGAAGGUGUCAUAAAGUCUAGCUUUAACUACCUGUUACUUGACCCCAGAGUGUCGAAGAAUCUUCCAUACCGCAGUCAGUGGAUGACUCCCCACGAGUGUUUCCAGACUUUCAUCAGCUCCAUUUUCUACGUGGGAAAAGGCAAAUGCUCUCGACCGUACAGCCACCUGUAUGUAGCUCUGGAGUAUUUCAAAGGAGACAAAUCAUCCAAGAAACUCUGCUCGAAGGUGCAGCACAUCCUGCAGGUGUGGAACUGUGGUCAUGGUGUUAUCUCGUUGCACUGCUUCCAGAAUGUGAUUCCUGUGGAGGCAUACACACGCGAGGCCUGCAUGGUGGACGCCAUCGGUUUGAAGAUGUUGACCAAUCAGAAGCGAGGGGAUUAUUAUGGGAUGGUCUCCACCUGGCCUGCUAAGAGGCAGCGUGAGCUCGGGAUUCACCUGCUGUACAGAUCCAUGCAGAUUUUCCUGGCUGAGGGAGAGAGACAGCUCCGGCCGGCUGAUAUCAGGCGAUGAUGUCACGCUGUCUGUACGACACUGAGCGUUAGAGAGUCCUUUGGGUUAAAUCAGUCAGAUCCGAAAUCCUGAGCGCACCACGGUUGAUUUUACUCCAUUAGUCAUCAAACACUGUACCUGUUUCUGUACUUGUGCCCUACCCGUACUCCCUAUUCCCAUUAUGUUGACACUUAAUCUAAGCCGUGCAUCGUGGAAUCUCCUCAGGGGUUACAAAAGUUUAAUUUGUAAAUUAUGUUCCAGUAUGAUUUCAGACAUGCUGACGAAAGACAAAAGUAGUGCACUAUAUAAUCACUAAGUCCAUAAAGUGGAUUCUGAUUGGCUGAAAUAAGUACAAACACUAACACGCCUGGGCUGUGUCUCAAAUACUGCACUUUACACACUU